AUGAAGGAGGUGGAAGACUACGAAAACAGAAUGACUACGUUUUCAAAACGUAAAACUGGGAUCUUCAAGAAGAUGAGCGAGCUCGUUGCACUAUGCGGUGUUGAAGCAGCUUUCGUGGCUUUCUCUGAAACCGGAAAGUCUCACACAUUCGCACAUCCGUCUAUGGAAGAUGCUGUUGGUCGACUGAAGAGCCCUUUGAUAGAUGAAUCGCCCAGGAAAGACGAUACCAAUACUCCUUCGCUAGUGGGAGCUUAUAAGAGGCAAAAGAACGAAGAGCUCAAGAAAUUGUAUGCUGAUUUCGCUGAAGAGUUGGAAUUGGAAGAGGAGAAGGAAAAAAAAUUGAAGAAAUCAAAAAGUGACAAAAGGUUUGACAAAAAGUGGUGGAAUGCUGAAGGCUUGAGCGUGGAAGAGCGGAAGCAGAUGCACCAAAGUUUUGUGGAGUUAAAUGUUAGCUUAUGCGGUAAGGUUUCACAACAGUUUAGAAAAGACGGUGAUGGUUCAUCUGCUGAUCUUGCGGGACAUGGACAUUAG